CGAGCAGCCGGAGACGCUGCCUCCGAUUCCUCUCUCUGCCUCGGGACGCUCUUUAUCCAUUGAAUGGACGACCGCGAGAAGGACGCCGCCGAUGAGCUGACGAGGUCCGGGUGAGUCGGAACAGGAGGCUGAGCUUCAGACAAAUGGCUGGAACAGGAGGCCGGAUGCUGCUGUGGACGCUGCUGCUGUUGUCAGGCUUCAUCUACACCGCCACAGAUGCAGAUCGCGGCUGGAUGGCGGACUCGGAAGGCCGCCGGGCUUCGGAUGAGCUGCUGUUCAGGGGGAACGCCGUCCUGACUCGCAGGAAAAGGAAUAUUCUGUUUCCCAGCGGCGUCAAGCUCUGCACCCAGGAGACGUUCGAGCAAGUCGCCGCCAACCACCUCAGCUACUUUCACCUGCGAGUUUGUCAGGAGACGGUGUGGGAAGCCUUUAAGAUCUUCUGGGAUCGGCUGCCGGAGCGCGACGAGUACCAGGACUGGGUCGGACGCUGUAUGGACGGAUCCGUUAGUGUCAUGGACGUCGGCAUGUUCUUCAGCCAAUCGGACGAGCACAUGGAGCUCAUUAGAAGCAGAGUUGCCAUGACAGCUGCGAUGAACAGUUUCACCUCCACCUCCUCCGACCCUCCUCCGUGCAGCUCUGAGUCGACCACCGUCCAACCUGGAGGAUCGACAACAGACGCUUUUCCAGAUGAAGGUGUGGUCUUCACCGGACCGGAUCUGACUGACGAUGACCACCUUCCACCUGGCCUCGAGGUCACCGCUGCCUGGACGCCGCCACUCGUAACCAAAGGGUUGCUUCAAGAAGCUCCUGUCGUAAGUGUGACAGAAAUUCCCACGGGGUUGACCUCUGAACCUGCCGACCCUGACUGGAUUCAGGAACCCACAGAAAGUACACCUGGGGUUCCCAUCGACGUCACGGAGGAGGACGCCCACGAGCCUUUUGACGGGAUUGUAGAGGAUAAGACUGUUCAUGUUACUCCUGCAACUCCAGAAACCACCACAAUACCUCCGACAGAAGGUGUCACUGUGGAAGAAGAUGGACCUGGUGAACCUUCAGAGUCUGAAGAUGUUUUAGAAAAACCAACGGAAACUGUUGAGGACACUGUGGUUCCUGAAAUCAAAGAAAUUCCAGACAGUAUCACCCCGGAAGUCAUCUUCCUCGAUGAGGAGGUUGAUGGACCGACAGAACCACUAGAUGGAACACCACCAGAUGUACCUCCUGGACUGGACAAGGAGGAAGUUCUUCAAACAAGCAAACCACCUGUAUUGCUGCCAUCAGAAGACGAUAAAAUGUCCAGAACUGUAACUCCAGAUGAAGAAGAGUUUCCAUCUCAGGCUUCUAUUUUGACCACAACGGACCAACUAAAGACUGAGCUCACCUCCGAGCCAGUUGUUUGGAUCUUAGAAGACAAAGAUGCAGAUAUUUCAGAUGCAACUGAGAAACCAGAAGAAGUAGAAGAGAAAGUUACAGAAGACCAGACAACUGAAGCAGCUGAAGAAGAACCCCCAAGUGUCAAAGAAGAGGUGGAAGAGGCAACAGCUGAAGUUCCAUUAGCUGCUACAACGGACCUCACUGCAGAAGAAGAACUAGUCAAAGCCCACGAAGGAACCACAACUGUGGAGGAAGAACCGGUAAAAACACCUGAAGUCAGGAUAGAAGAAGUCAAUGCUGGAGAAACCCCUCAGGAACCAGCUGGGCCUCAAGAAGAAACAGGAGGUUUAACAGGACCUACAGAAGAAGAAGAACAUCCUGGAGGAACCACACAACCGGCUGAAAUACAAACAGAACCUACAAGAAAACCAGCAGCAGAAGUAAAAAAUGAAAUAGAACUCCUCCAACCUGUAGUAAUAGAACCAGCACCUGAAGAAUUUACGGAAGAAACUGUUGCAGAACCCACAACAAAACCAGCUCAAGAAGAAAUAUUAGAAGCUGAAGUAGACACAGAACCGACAAAAGGCACUGUAAUAAAGACGGAACCCACAGAAAAACCAGCACAAGAACUUACAGAAGAACCUGUAGCAGUGACAGAACCUAUGAAAGAACUGACACUUAAAGAAAGUAUCGAGGAACCUGUAAAAGAACCAGACCACGAACUUGUAGAAAAAACUAUCAUAAAGAUGGAACAAACAACAGAAUCGGCAGAAGAGGAAAUCUUUGAAAUAACUGUGAUAGUAACAAAAGAACCGGCGCAAGAACUUACAAAAGGAGCCGUCAUGGUGAUGGAACCUACAACAGAACCAGCACCUCAAGAAAUUAAAGAGGAAAAAGUAGUAGUGACGCAAUCUACAAAAGUACCAGUACAAGAAUUUACUGAAGAAACCACAGAACCUGCAAUAAAACCAGCCAUAAAAGAGGAACCUGUAAUAGUAAUAGAGCCUACAGGAGAACCAGCACAUAAAGAAGUAGUAGAAGAACCUGCACAAGAACCUGCACAAGAAACUGUAGCAAAGACAGAACCUGCAACAGAACCAGCACCAGAGGAAGAACUUAUGAGAGAAACUGUGGCAAAGAUAGAACCUGCAACAGAACCAGCACCAGAGGAAGAACUUAUGAGAGAAACUGUGGCAAAGAUAGAACCUACAAAAGAACCUGUACAAGAACUUACAGAGGAAACUACCGCAGUGAUACAGCCUACCCAAGAACCAUCAGAAGAACUUCUUGAAGAAACUACCGUAAAAGCAGAACCCACUAAAGAACAAGGACAAGAGGAACCUGUAACAGAGACAGAACCCACGAGAAAACCAGCGCAAAUGGAAGAACCUGUAGAGGGGAGAGAACCAACAAAUGAACCUGUAGAAGAAACAGAGCCUACACAAAAACCAACACAAGGAGAUGAACUCAUAGAUGGAACGCUGAUGGAGGUAGAACCAACAAAUGAAGCCGAACUGGUUGAAGAAAUAGAACCUUCAGGAGGAACUUUGGAUGAAUCUGACUCCCAAGUAGUGACUGAUGAGAGAACACCCGGAGAAGAGGUUGAUGAACCUGAAGAAACCAAACCAGAAAUUUCAGAAGAGGUUGUCCUAGAUGAGGAAACUCCGUCAGAGUCUACUGAGGAGGUAACCCCAGAUGUUGUGUUGGCUCCUGAAGACACAGAGGGAUUAUCAAUGGAAACUGAGGUGGAGAGAACACCUGAAGGAACAUCAGAGGAACUGAUCACAGUAGAAACCAUAAAGGAAACAUCCACUGUUGAGAUGUUUGAGCCUGUAACUGAAGUUCCUGAACUUAAAUCCUUUACUGAAGUUGAGGUAGUCCCUGAAGCUCCAAGCGAAACAUCUCCUGAGGAAGUGACAGUUGAAGCCCAACCAGAGAUGACUACAGAACCAGUAAUCCAUGAGGUUGUCCCUCCAGAGCCAGUCCCUGAAGAACAUGGUCCACAAGAGGUGGAAGUAAUCCCUAAAGAAAUUGAGAACGUUCCUACUGAUGUUACAGCAGAAGAACCAGAGGAAAUCGGGAUGGAGGCUCCGGUAGAAGACACAUCAGAUGAAAGAACCCCAGAAACUGUUAUGGAAGUCCCUUUGGAGGUUCUCCAAGGUACAGAGAAGACCACUCCUGGAACCCCCGUGGAGGUCACGACCAAGUACGUGGUGGAGUACAACAAUGGCAACUUUCCAGAUCCAGUGGAGUCACCAUUUGACACCGAUGACAACCUGUUGGGAAACAACGGCUUCGGGCUGAUGGAAGAAGACGACAACUCGAUCGGUAAUGAGAUAGACGACACCCUGCUGAGGCCCCUGAGGCCCCUGAAGGACCAGGUGGUGGAGCUGAGCAUCAAACUGAGAGGAGAAACCUACAAUGACGCUCUGAGAGACCCCAGCAGCUUCCAGUACCAGCAGCUGGUCCGACACUUCACCCGCAGGAUCGAAGACGCCUUCGAUCGACUGCCGGGCUUUAAAAACGUCUACGUGGUGGAAUUCAGGCCUCAGAAGGAUCUGGAGCGGGGUCUGGUGGUCCUGGUCCAUUACGCCAUCACCCUGGCGGUGGACAGCGGUGGCAUCGCCAACGAAACACUGGACUUCAUCACGUUACAGAACAACCUGGUGGAGAAGAACUACGGCUCCUGGGAGCAGCCCACGGCCGUCUACACCAUCACCGACUUCAGGAACUACAUCACCGAGGCCCUGCACAAGGACAACUACAUGACCAACAGCAGCCUGGAGGCCCCGGACGACCCCCCACAGGACAGCAACGCAGAGAAUCUUUUGCCUGAAGUGAAACCGACGAGUCGACCAGUCGACGCCUUCGACAACAUGGAUAACGUCCUGGCUGCAGAGAAGCCGCCUGACGCUCCGGCCCGUGAGGUGGACGCCAGCAAUAUCUUUCUGAAGAAGGACGACUUCUUAUUCGACCCGUUCGACUCGUGGAAAGGGCAGCAGGGGGAAGCGUUGAGUGAGAAUGACGUCUUCAUGUUCGACGAGAACACUGUCCCCCCUCUGGUGGACUCCGGAUUCCCCCAGAAGACACUGGACUUGGAGUUGAAUGUACAAGACAAUAAGGAGAACAUUGAAGAUGAGGGCUUCCUGGUCAGUAAUGCCCCCACUCCUGAAGAUGAACCUGCCCGUGGAGACCACACUGGUCCUGCUGGUUCUUCUUCUGUCCUUCCUGUGGUGAUGCCUCAACCAGCCACUGACGAGUCACUGGAGGACGGAUCUGGAUCUGGUUUCUCUGGAGAUGGACCCGGGGGCGACGGCUGGUCUUGGCAGGCAGCACCAACGUUCGACAGCAUUGGCGUCCAUGAUGAAGAUCUGGAGGUAAUCCCCCCACCCGACUUGGAGGCGACCGAUGAGGAUGAUGAGGAGGUGGAGGAGCUACCAACUAUUUUGGCAGUAGAAGCCACCACUGAUGCAACUGUACAGACAACACCCACAACAUUUGAAGAAUCAAAGCAAGAUGGCAGCAUUGAGGACUUGGACCAGGUUCUGGUCACAUCACUUCCUCAAUAUUCAACCACAACUGAAGCACCUGUGUUUUCACCUGAAGGAACUUUGACUGUUGAACUUUCUGUACAAACAGUGGAAACCUCUGAUAUCUAUGGAGGCGUCUACUACACUGAACCACAAAGUGCAGAAAAUGUAACAGAAGCUCCUGAACCUGAGGUCUGGACACAUGGUGCUUCUGUUUUUAUAGAAGCUGAUACCAAAGUGUUCACUGAAAAAGCACCAGAGAUGGAGGAAACUACUGAAGCAGCAUUAGAAGUUCAAGUGGCUACAGUUGAACCUUUGGACAAAGAGCUGGAGAAAGUUGAGAUUUCAGAUGUUCCACCAGUUGAAGAAUUGCCUGUUUUUGUAGAUAUUGAAACUGCAACAAAACCAUCAGACAUCAAAGAAUCCUCUGAAGAACCUGAAAUCAAAGGUCGCGAAGAUGUUGAGAUUUUGGAAGUGCAACACAUAGGUGUAACUGAAACUCUGGCAACAACAGCGCAGACUGUUGGACUCACAGUUGAAGACCUGGCUGUGGACGAAGUCUUGGUGGUCACAAAAGCAACCACAACCACAACCACAGCAGCAACUACAACGACCACAACUGCAACUAUGACCAUGACUGAGGUUUCAUCCAUGAGUUCAGACCACAGCGGGAUCGCACUCUCACCUGAGAAGGACUCGCCAUUCACUCGUGUGUCAGAUUCAGCACCAGAAGACGAGGAGCCGAUUCACCCAACGAUCCAUGAAGACUACGACGAGGUUCCACCUUCAGGUGGUCCUCAUUUGACCCAGUCCGUGGUCAUAGACUCAGCUUCCAUCUUGUCUGGAACUGCCAAAGUGGAGGUAGAAAACCUUCCAACACCAACGUCCUCCCUUCAAGAAGUCAACAGGAGCACUACAGCUGCUGAGAUCAGGCUGGUAGAAAAUGACUUCCCGGACACGCCAAGCAUCGACGUCACCUUUGACGUUUUUCAGUACAGUGAGGUGGCGACGGAAGGCGACAGCAGCGGCUUCUCCAGCGGUGCCCAGGGGUCAGACAUGAAUGCUUUCGCUUUACCGACCAGACCGGGCCGGGCUCUGACGGUUUUCUUCAGCCUCAGGGUGACCAACAUGGUGUUCUCCAUGGACCUGUUCAACAAGAGCUCCCCCGAGUACAAAGCCCUGGAGCAGCACUUCCUGGAGCUGCUGGUCCCGCACCUUCAGUCCAACCUGAACAACUUCCAGAACCUGGAGAUCCUCAACUUCCGGAAUGGCAGCGUCGUGGUGAACAGCAGGAUGAGGUUCGGGAAGCCGGUUCCCAAAGGAGUCACCAAUGUGGUCUACCUGAUCCUGGAGGACUUUGCCAACACGGCCUACCACACCAUGAACCUGUCCAUUGACAAGUACUCACUGGACGUGGAGUCAGGCGACCGAGCCGACCCCUGUAAGUUCCAGGCCUGUAACGAGUUCUCCAAGUGCAUGGUCAACCAGUGGUCGGGUGAGGCUGAGUGUGUGUGCGACGCCGGGUACCUGAGCGUGGACGGGCUGCCGUGUCAGAGCAUCUGCGAAGUCCGGCACGACUUCUGCCUCAAUGAUGGCAAAUGCGACAUUAUACCGGGCAAGGGCGCCAUCUGCAGGUGCCGUGUGGGAGAGAACUGGUGGUACCGAGGCGAACACUGUGAGGAGUACGUCUCCGAGCCAUUGGUGGUCGGCAUUGCCAUUGCCUCGGUGGUUGGCUUCCUUAUGGUUUCCGCCGGCAUCAUCUUCUUCCUGGCGAGGACGCUGCGAGAGCAAUACGAAGGGGAAGAUACCGAGGAUCCGCUACGACGAGGGGAUAGUGAAAGUGUGCCAACGCUGGAACGAGCUACGAAGUUCAACCCAAUGUUUGAGAGCGACCCGGUCACUGCCCAGUACUACCGUCGCUACGACGACCUGCCACAGUACUACUACCGCCGCGACCUCGACCUGCCCUCGUACCGUGGCUCUGUGAGUGGCGACGCCCCCCAAGACCUGAGCAGUGCCAACGUACAACACCUCUACCACAACACCACACUCAGCAAAGAGGAGAUCCAGGAGCGCCUCAGGAUCAUCGAAUUAUGCGCCAGGGAUCAGAACUUCGCCGACUUCGUGCGAGAAACUCAAGUAUUCCUGGAGCGAAGGGGGAGUUCCACCACGUAACCAGGCCACGCCUCCAGGAACCUGCCUUCAUCUCUGAAGAAGAGGACGAGGUCCGGCCGCCGUCGUCGCUGUUGACGACCGACCGGACGUUGAGGUGAAGACGCCGGAUGUUUUGGAGUUCUGUCUUUUCUGAGGACACUUCCUCCUCUGUCUCAGGGACUCUGACCUUUGACCUUCGUGUUCAUUUGCAUGUGUUUUCUGUUUCACUCUUCAUCUCGGACCCUCCUCUUUUCUCCUCGUCUUCCUCAUCUUCAUCAGUGCCUUCGCCGCCCGGUUGGCGUUUUCCCGCCUGCGAUUCGCUCUGAUGUUUACAAGCGUCGGUCGGAAAAACGUGACGCUGUUUUGUACCAUGUGGUCGCAAAACUGAACAUUUGUGGCUUAUUCUGCUGUGAUUUAAUGCAAUAAAUGAAGUAAAAAAAACGUGAAAAAUGAAACGUAGUUAAAAAAUAGAGUAAAUAAAUAAACUGGCCUACGUACAAAAAAACAAAACAAAACUAGUAGACGCAUAAAUCAGCAUUUUCAACGUCAGUUCUGCAUCUGAAUUCUACCAACAUUAUCAAAUAAUCGAAAAAAUGAAAACAACUAAAAAGAGGAAGUGGAGA